AUGGACGCUCCAAACACUCGACAUGGAAGUCAUCCAUCAGACUCGAUUCCUGACGCCGCAUAUCCCAACGACUCUCCUUAUCGACCCGGCGAUCACUCACCUCAAAUCAUGGCUACUCCCAUCGCUUCGCCAUCCUCACCAUCAUCACAGGCUUACUCAACACCACCGCCAACACACUUCGGCGUCAGUAUCCCCGCAUACUCCAGUCCAGCACCAUCGCCAUGGUCCCCCGCUUUACCCUCAGGUCCACCUCCUCCAUACGAUCCGUCCCGUCCGCCAGCGAUAUACUCUCCACUCGCACCGCCAUCGCCAAUCUCCCCGCCUCCGCCUCAGUAUCCGCCUUCAACGCCUUGGCCAUACCCGCAAGGCAGCAGUGCUGGCUCUAGUCUGAAUGCACCGUACAAGAUGGGACCUGUGGCUACGGCCAGAGCUCGACGGAGGAGGAAACUGCAAAUCCUCGCUUUGGCGCUUUGCGCUGUGAUGAUCUUCUUUGUUGCAUUGAUCAUGGGAAUUCUGAUGGGUGUUGUGAAGGUGCAAUGGAAGAACAACAACAACAACAACAACGAUGAUUAG